AUGAGUCUGGCGAAUGAGAGCGUCUCGCAGGAGUUCAUUCUCCUAGGGUUUUCGGAUCGGCCAUGGCUGGAGCUGCCCCUCUUCGUGGUGUUUCUAGUGUCCUAUGUCUUGACCAUCUUUGGGAAUAUGAUGAUAAUUCUUGUAUCCCGCCUGGAUUCCAAGCUCCACACCCCCAUGUACUUUUUCCUCACUAACCUGUCUCUGCUGGACCUGUGCUACACCACAAGCACGGUCCCCCAGAUGCUCGUCAACAUAUGCAGCAUCCGGAAGGUGAUCAGCUAUGGCGGCUGCGUGGCCCAGCUUUUCAUUUUCCUGGCCUUGGGUUCAACGGAAUGUCUCCUCUUGGGCGUCAUGUCCUUUGACAGAUUUGUAGCCAUCUGUCAGCCUCUCCAUUACUCAGUCAUCAUGCACCAAAGGCGCUGCCUCCAGUUGGCCGCUGCGUGUUGGAUCAGUGGCUUCAGCAACUCAGUAUUGCAGUCGACGUGGACCCUUCAGAUGCCACUGUGUGGUCACAAGGAAGUAGAUCACUUCUUCUGCGAAGUCCCUGCCCUGCUCAAGUUGUCCUGUGUGGAUACCACAGCCAACGAAGCAGAGCUGUUCUUCAUCAGUGUGCUCUUUCUUUUAAUACCCGUGACUCUCAUCCUCAUAUCAUAUGCUUUUAUUGUCAAGGCAGUGUUGAGAAUAAGGUCGGCUGAAGGUCGGCGAAAGGCAUUUGGGACAUGUGGCUCCCACCUAAUUGUGGUGAUACUUUUUUAUGGUACUGCCAUCUACAUGUAUCUGCAGCCACCGUCCCCUGCCUCCAAGGACAGAGGCAAAAUGGUGUCUCUCUUCUACGGGAUCAUCACACCCAUGCUGAACCCCCUCAUCUACACACUCAGGAACAAAGAGGUAAAGGGGGCGUUCAAGAGGUUGAUGAUGGGAAGCAAAGACAGGCGACCAACAGGGGGCAGCACCGAGUCCCACGUCGGAGCGUGCAACUCGGGAUUACUUACUCCCUUCCCUUUCUUUGCUCUGCUCUUCUGCGCCCACUCGAUUGUCUCUCGUCCUUCUCAUUCUCUUACUUUUCUUCAUUCUCCUGCUCACGUUCCUUCACGGCCUCCUUACUACCGUCCGCCUCCUCCCCCACCUCCUUUCCAGGCGGGUGUGGAAUCUUUCCACCCCGGAAGGGAGACUUUGAGUCCACAAGUCGGCGGCAAGUACCUGGGACACCCAGUGGUUGCAGUGAAUCAGGAAGAAGCAUUACCGAACGUUGUUCCGUAA